AUGAAGGUGAUAACAUGUGAGAUUGCCUGGCACAAUAAGGAGCCAGUGUACAGUCUGGACUUCCAGCACAGCUCAGAGGGCAGGAUCCACCGCCUGGCCACAGCAGGAGUGGACACCACUGUGCGGAUGUGGCGUGUUGAGAAGGGUCCGGAUGGUAAGGCAAUAGUGGAGUUCCUGUCCAAUUUGGCGAGACACACAAAGGCUGUCAACGUGGUUCGAUUUUCGCCCAGUGGGGAGCUUCUGGCCUCUGGAGGAGAUGAUGCUGCCAUCCUGCUGUGGAAGCUGAAUGACAGUAAGGAGUGUGAUCAGGCUGUGGUGUUUCAGGAGGAUGAAGAUGCCCAGUUGAAUAAGGAAAGCUGGAGUGUAAUCAAAACACUCAGGGGUCAUAUAGAGGACGUGUAUGAUAUCAGCUGGACCAGUGACGGGAACUUCAUGGUCUCAGGAUCUGUGGACAAUACAGCCAUUAUGUGGGACAUCACUAAGGGUCAGAAGAUGUGUAUCUUUAAUGACCAUAAGAGCUAUGUGCAGGGUGUGACCUGGGACCCACUUGGACAGUACAUCAGUACACUCAGCUGUGACAGAGUUAUGCGUGUAUACAGUACACACAGCAGAAGAAAAGCCUACAGCAUCAGUAAGAUGGUCUCAGGCUCUACAGCAGAGGGAGAGGUGAAGAACUACAGGAUGUUUCAUGAUGACAGCAUGAGGUCGUUUUUCAGACGGCUCAGCUUCACACCGGACGGAUCAUUCCUGCUUGCUCCCGCUGGGUGUGUGGAAGCAGGAGAGAACAUCACCAACACCACAUAUGUCUUCUCCAGGAAAAGCUUUAAAAGGCCCAUAGCCCACCUGCCAUGUCCUGCUAAAGCGACUUUAGCUGUGCGCUGCUGUCCUGUUUACUAUGAGCUCAGAACAGGAGACACAGAUGAUGGUGCGCCAAAAUCAAAUCUCUUCCAGUUACCAUAUAGACUGGUUUUUGCUGUUGCCUCUGAAGACUCCGUUUUCCUCUAUGACACCCAACAGAGUCUACCAUUUGGCUACGUCUCCAACAUCCACUACCACACACUCAGUGAUCUCAGCUGGUCUGGUGAUGGUUUGCUCUUGGCAGUGUCGUCCACCGAUGGUUAUUGCUCCUUUGUGUCAUUUGAGGAGGGGGAGUUGGGCACCCCCCUGAAAGAGCGCCCUCCUCUUAAUAUCAUCACUCCCAGCGCCGCGGCUGAGAAGAAGGGCAAGAGGGCCUCAGCCAAUGGCAGGAUGGCCUCACCUGUGUCUCACUCCUCUGUCACGCCCACCGUGCAGGAGAAGGAAGCCCCAACUGCCCCAGCUACCACGGAGAUGCCCAAAGCCUCUCUCCCUGAGGAGAAGGCCACGCCCGUGGGGCAAAAAUCCAAACCUCAGCCCAGACGCAUCACACUCAACACCCUGGAAGGAUGGGGGAAACCCAGCACGCCGAAAACACCCAAAACCCAAUCCCCAACCCCCACCACACCCAAAACACACACCCCUACCCCCACAGCUGUCACCACGCCCCAGUCGGUGCCCGGCAGACUUACUAGCCCCGCAUCUUCUAAACCAACCCCUGUCACCCCCCUCAAUGCCAAAAAUACAGCCACACCUAAGGGACCCACACCCAGACGGAUUUCUCUCACUCCUGUUGUCUCCAGAUCACCAGGUUCCACUCAAGCCUUCCGCUCUCCAUCCUCUUCAGAAAAACCCAAGCACGAGAGACCCUCACCCCCCACUGACCCCGUGUGCAAACCCCCAGAGUCCAAACGAGCUAAAACUGAUGGCGCUCCAGCACCAGGGGCUUCUGGCGACCUCUCCGCCAACAGCAGUGAAGUGUGUGGAGGAUCAGAGUCCAGCAGUGAGGCUGUGGAUCCAUGA